UGGCCAUGUUUCGCGUAGCCAAAUACAAUUCGAAACAGUUCUGGCGCGUCUUUCAAAGCGAUUGGUUGUGGGACUCGAUUCGGAAUUCAGUUACGUUCGCGUGCCGCAUAGAAAUACACUGCAUAAAUCAGUGUCAUAAAUCUGCGUGUGUUGUGCAUGAAAUCAAGUAUCCGUGUUUAGAGAUAAGAUAAGCAGCCCAAUGACAGGCCGCAAAAUAUCCUAGAGAAAAAGGAAAAAAACGGCAGCAAUAACAAGCCGGCGGCGCUCUAAGACAAACUGCCGCCCAGUGCCCCAAAACAAGUGUCAAAAAGUAAUGAAUAAGUGGCGGCUGCCGCUACACAACUGAUUCCCCCAAUGUAGUUGCUUAUACAUAAAUACAUAUGUAUAUAUUUACACAUAAGAUAUUGGAUUAAGAGCCCUUCGCGAUGGCGAUACUUGAGUCCUGCUGCUUUUGGAAGAGCGUGCGGAAGGGCAGCUUCGCCUGCGCCUUUUACACUCUGAUCUACUUUGGCCUGUCAACCUUAAUGUUUACGUUUUAUCUGAAAGAGGAGCAGGAGUUCUUGCUCGGCCAAAGGACACAGCCACUUGGGGAGAGCAUAUUGGAGAAGGGUGAUGUAACUGUAGUAACUGUGAUAUUCAACGUUUUGUUUUUGUUUUGCUCGAUUUUGAUGGUCUUGGCGUCCCUUUUGCUGAUUGUGGGACUGCGGAAUAACAAACGUCAAUUGCUAUUGCCCUGGAUUGGUCUGAUGCUCUGCGAUUUGCUUAUUGAAAUCGCCCACCUGGUACAUCUCACAUUGUCACGCCGGGUGGUUUUUGAUCCAAUUGUCGGCUUCAUAUUCACCCUAGACUUCUUCAUACUCUGUCUGAAUCUUUACUGUUUGCUCUGUGUGAUAUCACAGUAUCAGGUUUAUCGCACACAACGUGCCGAACAAGAACAGCAUCCCGCGCUAUCGCCCACAGUGGUCUUCACAGCACCCGAGAAGCAGAGCAAAACAAAGCGUCAGCUGUUAACAGCAGCAAAUGCUGGCAAGGGCAAGAGGCAUUCGCUUCGGCUACUGGCUGCGAGUCCUUUGAUCACGUCACAGCGGCCAACCAACUUUUCCACCAUCACCGAAGAGGAGGAGCAGCAGAGCAAAGCAACUGCAACACCAACGGCAGCUGCUUCAGCUGCCAAUGGCCAUAACGAUAACGGUCACAUACUAGAGCAGUCGACACCCCAGUCAAGCGAGGCGGCAGAGGCUUCUAAUCUCGAUAUACCAAUUAUUACUUUGGAUCCCAAUUCGCUACAGUGAUGCAGCUGCUGCGUUUGACAUCGCUUGGUCCACAAUGGAGUGGACACACACACAAAGUUCAACUAUUUUUACAU